CCUUCUCUGUCUUAAAUAGGACUUUAGUGCCUCCUCUGGUCCCCCCCGUACUCCGUGUGAUCAAUACGCAUCUACCUCUCCGCCACAGUUCGAUCCCACUGUCAAGAUGGCUCAGCAAUUCCCAUCUCUGUCUCCGGAGAAGAAGAAAGAACUGGCAGAGAUUGCCCAGCGGAUUGUGGCCACAGGGAAAGGGAUCCUGGCGGCAGACGAGUCCACCGGUACCAUGGGGAAGCGUCUCCAGAAGAUCAACGUGGAGAACAACGAGGAAAACCGUCGCUGUUUCCGUGACCUCCUGUUCUCGGCCGGGGACUGCAUCUCAAAGUCCAUAGGCGGGGUUAUCCUGUUCCACGAGACGCUGUACCAGAAGUCAGACAAGGGCAAGCCCUUCCCCAAAGUCAUCGAGGAACAGGGUAUUGUUGUGGGCAUUAAGGUGGACAAAGGCACAGCGGGUUUGAACGGAACGGACGGCGAGACGACCACGCAAGGUCUUGACGGCCUGUCGGAGCGCUGCGCUCAGUACAAGAAAGACGGCUGCGACUUUGCCAAGUGGAGGUGCGUGCUCAAGAUCUCAGAGAGCUGCCCCUCGGCUCUCGCCAUCGCCGAAAACGCCAACGUGCUGGCGAGAUACGCUAGUAUCUGCCAACAGAACGGCCUGGUGCCCAUCGUGGAGCCAGAGAUCCUCCCCGACGGAGACCAUGACCUGCAGAGAUGCCAGUAUGUCACAGAGAAGGUGCUGGCUGCCGUGUACAAGGCUCUGUCCGACCACCACGUGUACCUGGAGGGCACGUUGCUCAAACCCAACAUGGUCACCGCCGGACACUCCUGCGCUAAGAAGUUCACCCCUCAGGAGGUCGCUAUGGCUACCGUGACCGCUCUGAGGCGCACGGUUCCAGCGGCCGUUCCAGGCAUUUGCUUCCUGUCUGGUGGUCAAAGCGAAGAGGAGGCGUCGCUUAAUUUGAACGCCAUCAACCGGGUGCCGCUUGAACGCCCGUGGAAGCUCACUUUCUCAUACGGCCGCGCACUGCAAGCGUCCACACUUGCGGCCUGGCAGGGCAAAGCCGCCAACAAGGCCGCCGCACAGGAAACUUUCUGCAAUCGUGCCAAGAUCAACGGCCUGGCUGCCAAAGGAGAGUACAAGGCCACAGGCUCGGCCGAUCAGGCCUCCAUGCAGUCUCUGCACACCAGCAACUACGUCUAUUAACUUAAGCCAUCCUGCGCACGGACCAAAAACGACCACAAACACGGACAGACAACCUUUGAGGAAGAUUCCGGAAUAAACUGCUGUUUUGCUGCCUCACUGAAAUACAUUUAAGUGACCAAA